CUACCACUCCAGGGGCCCAUCCAUCCCUUCUCCUAGCACUCCAGAGGCACAUCCAAUCUCUCCUCCUACCACUCCAGAGGCCCAUCCAAUCCCUUCUCCUACCACUCCAGAGGCCCAUCCAAUCUCUUCUCCUAGCACUUCAGAGGCCCAUCCAAUCUCUUCUCCUAGCACUCCAGAGGCCCAUCCAAUCUCUUCUCCUACCACUACAGAGGCCCAUCCAAUCUCUUCUCCUACCAUUCCAGAGGGUCCAUCCCAUCCCUUCUCCUACCACUACAGAGGCCCAUCUCAUCUACUGUCCAGACUUCCAGCAUCUAGUGUUGGGUUACCCGGUGCGCGACCAGACUUUGUCUCUGGAAUUAAAAGUGGGACUUUGCCAGACUUCCACCAGCCAAGGGUGGCCUGUCCAGCUCUACCUGGCCACAGACAGACAGUACCACCACCAACUGAACAUCUGUUGCUAAUCCCCAACCCAGUCCCCAGUUCCUCAGCCCAAUCCCACUGCAGGGGAGGAUGGGUGAUGGGCCUUUGAGUUUCCCUGGCCUCUCUCCUUCCGUCUCUCUCAUCCUCGCAUGGAGCCUCCGUCUGACACCUCCAGUUCCCCCUGGGACACCUCCAACUCCCUCUCCAGAUCUCCAGGGCCAUGGCUCCCAGCCCUCCCAGUCUCGCUGCACCCCAACGUGAGUUUUCCUGUGGGCAUCGGCGCCAGCGGAGCCCCCCUGUCCCUGACCCACUCCCUGGCCCUGGUUGCCAUGCUCCUCAUGGACCUCCUGGCCGUCGUUGGCAACCUAGCUGUCAUGGCCGUCAUCACCAAGACGCUGCAGCUGAGGAAGUUCGCCUUCGUGUUCCAUCUGUGUCUGGUCGACCUACUGGCGGCUCUGGUUCUGAUGCCUCUGGGGAUGCUGUCGGACCGGAUCUUGGUGCAUGAUGAGGCACUCUGCCAGAGCUACCUCUGCCUGAGUGUAGGGCUGGUCAGUGCUGCCAUUUUGUCUAUCUCAGCCAUCAACGUGGAGAGGUAUUACUACAUCGUCCAUCCGAUGCGCCAUGAGGUGAAAAUGACAGCAGGGGUGGUUGUGGCAGUGUUAGUCGGGAUCUGGGUCAAAGCUAUUGUGAUGUCAGCUCUGCCUCUACUGGGCUGGGUGCCCCAGGGAAACCAGGGGGUAGGUGUCGGACUUGGAAUAGGACUAGGGAGUCCCAUGAUCCCGGGUCCUCCAAGCCAGAGACGUUGCUCCCUACACUGGACUGGAGGAGGAGGGACCACACGAUUAAUCUUCAUGGUCUUCUUCACCUUUGUCUACUUCCUGUGUGCAGUACUGAUCAUCCUUAUUGUGUACUGUAACAUGUUUAAAGUAGCCCGGGUGGCAGCCAUGCAGCAUGGCCCCUUACCGACCGGGAUGGACACACCUGGGCCCCGCCCUCACCGCUCCGAGUCCCUCAGCAGCCACUCCACCAUGGUUGUCAGCUUGGGGGGCCCUGGGGGCCCAUGUCCUCCACUCCGCACCCCCAGUCAAAGGACCUUCAACGGGGGUAAAGCCGCGGCAGUCCUGGUGGCGGUUGGAGGCCAGUUCCUAUGCUGCUGGCUGCCUUACUUCUCCUUCCACCUGUACGCCGCCCUGGUCUCUACCCCCCAGGCCUCCCUGGUCUCUACCCAGCUGGAAGAAGUCGUGACCUGGAUUGGUUACUUCUGCUUCACCUCCAACCCUUUCUUCUACGGCUGUCUGAAUCGGCAGAUCCGAACAGAGCUGGGCCGAAGCCUGGCCUGUCUCUUUAAGCGGGCGGGGCCGGGCGAUGGGGAUCAGCUGGCCAGCAGAGAGGCCUCCAUCGAGGAGAACUUCCUCCAGUUCCUUCAGGGGACAGGGUGCAGUCUGGAGCCCUCCACCCAGGCACACAGCAGGGCUAGCAGGACCGAGGAGGAGGCGGGGGAGAGGGGCCCUCUUCGAGAUGUACCUCGUCAGGACAACACUCUGGUUCAGGAACACACGCCUGUUGACUUCCACAUCCCUGGACAGAUUAUCGAGAAGACCUCGGAGUCCUUGGAGCAGCAGGAUCUGAAUCUGAACGAUGGCAUCAACCUAGCGGAAAACUGCUGCAGAGUAAACAGGACCGUGCUGGACAGUGCCUGAACUCUAGUAUUGGACGUUCAUUCGUACAGUAGGCCUGUUUUUGGACCAGGCAUCAGAGGUAGAAACACUAAAGCCUUCGUCUGCAGGCCACACAUCGGCGUAGAAGUCCUGUGGUGGAAACGGCAGGUAGAUGACCUGUCCUUUAGAACGUCUGGGGUAUUUCUAUUUGAUGCUUUUUUUUGACGAUUUUGU